UCACGGGAAUCCCCAAAAUGACAGAAAUGAAAACAACAAUUUCAUAGUUGUCAGCAUUUUUCAACCAAACCAUGUUGAAAAAUGUCAUCUACAAACAGAAAACUGGACAUGAGGCAUGGCUUUAUGAAAAGUAUUAUAAGGAACCAACUUGAUCGUGACAACUAUGACAGAGAAGUAAAAGCAAAGGGUGAAGGCCAAGACAGAGGUAAACAUACUGAGAGGCACAGGAAGGUAAAACCAGAUGCCCGCGCAUACGUCCCACCUUUUUCAAGGAAGAGAAGAGGAAGACAGGAAAAACAGGACAAGUUUUAUAUGGAUGAUCAAGAAGACAGAGAGGAGUUAUUCAUGUUAGAAUAUGAAGACAAAGAUGGACAUAUAUACAAAAGAAAAAUAUAUUCGACUGAUAGUCCUGAGAAUGUAGCUCGCAAAUUAGGACAGGAAAGACACUUGUCAGGGCCAUACAUAGACGCACUUGCUCAACGUCUGUCAGAAGAAAUGGAGAAGCAUCACGGUUCCGAAAACAGUAGUGAAACAUAACUUGUUGACUUGUUGGAGUAUUGAACUAGUCACAGACAUGAUCUCAUGGAAGAGUCGGGACAUGACCUAGGACUCUGUGUAUGAAGGACCUGCAGCUAUCACCAUGGUAACAGUUGUGAUACACUUACUAUAGUGACAUGGUGACUCUGUUUCAUCAACAGUUUCUGUCUCAUUGACACACAGUCUUUGUGACAAUAUUUUUCAGGUUUUAAACAUGUUCAGUAUUUUCUCAUGUAUGUAUGGAUAUUAUUAAUGACUGAGUGUUUGGUGUGGGGAUUUUCAAUUUUUGUCAAAUCCUCCAUUAGUAUUUUUACCUGUUGCCAUGAGAAAAUGAUUUUUUUGUGCAAAAUGUUGCAAAGUGAUGAAGUCAGUAAUUGCACUUGUUUGAUUGGACUUUAUUUACAUGAAAUGAAAUAUCACAGCAGUUUUUGCAUCAUCAACGAAAAUGUGAAGACCAACCAUCAGUUACAAAUGUGUUUUGUCAUGAAUGUUACCGAGUGGCUACAGCAUUCUUUUGACAUAGUGAAGACCUAGAUUUGAUCCCUCACGUGGGUUCAAUGUGUGGAGCCCAUUUCUGGUGUACCCUGUACGAUGAUUCUGGAAUUUUGCUAAAAGCAGUGGACUGAAACUACUCAUACAUUCAGAUAGAGAUAAAUAUGACUUGUUGAGGUUGAUGGUUCUUCAGUGUGACUUCCACUGCUGUGAAUCUCUCAGUGGCACACUGCCAACACUCACCACAUUGACAGUUACUGCCAUGUUGGAAUUGACGAUGCUGAACCAUGACAAUACAUUUUCAUUUGAGGAUGUGUACUGCAUGCGAAAUUACAUCAUUCAUGGAACUACUUCAUAAAAAUAUGAGUACAUUUUUCAAACAAAACCAAUAAUCAACAUGAUAAAACGCUUAUAAAACAGAGGAAAAGAUAUUCUUCAUCAGUAAUCAGAAUAAAGUACCC